AGCUCCUCGCUAGCGUUCGGGUUCUUCCAAUCACCGGGAGAACACCUGAAUUUAUUGCCACGCAGCAGCGCGAGUCAACUCGCUCGUGCGGUAUUGAGAAAAGUGAAAAAAAAAAGAGGGGCCCUCUUUCAACACCGUGGGGACUUCGUCGAAGGCUACCACUGGACCCAGGAGAUCUUUCGGGAAUCUUUCCCAGUGGACAAGAAGGCUGCACCGUUGACUGACGCGCCUCGCGGGGUGCUCUGUAGCGUCGUCUUCACCGCUUCGCCUGUGUUCAUCCGAGCGUCCCGCUUUCCUGCGCGACGCCGCUUCCCGUCAUCGCGGGGAAUGUCGUGACUUGACGCGCCGCUCCUCACCUUCACUUCGGCACCACUCGGCGUCGACUACGCAUGGUUGCCGUACUUGAGUUAUGCCCUUCGACGAGGACGCUACCGCUGCUUGGGAGCCCUGACACGCCACGAACGUCGUCCCGACUUCAAAGACCUCCCGAAAGCACCCAGCGCACGCGUUUCUCGAGUGACCAUCGCCUCCCCCCCUCAGCGAAUGUGAGACGCGGCUUAACCCCGAAGUUACUCUGUGAAUUGUGAACCGGUGCUUUGUUUUUAGAUUUCGGGGAGUGGGAGUGUCUUUUGUGCGCCAGAAAGGAGGUGGGGGCCCAGGUCUUUGGCCCCCCCGGGAGUGUUGUCUGUGUGGAAUGCAACCUCGCGUCGUCGUUGUGUUUUGAGCGCCGUCUUAUCGUCGCACAUCCUCGCUGUGCCGGCGCACGAUAAGCGGAGCAGGUGAAGACAGCUUUCCAGGUCGCAGGAAAAGAAAAUGGGCUGCACGGGCACCAAACAGGGCAGCGAGUGCGAUGCGGUCGAGAAGGUUGAGGCCAUGGGCAACGCCGAAAGGGCGAUCAAGGCUGCCCUGCUCAUCCAACGCUGGUAUCGCCGCUACCUGGCCCGUCAGGAGAUUCGCAAGCGCUGCUCAUGGAAUAUAUUUCAAAGCCUCGAGUACGCCGGGGAGCAGGAUCAAAUUAAGUUACACAAUUUCUUCCACGACCUCCUAACCCACCUCUCCAACGUGAAGCCCUCCGUAGCAGCAGCCAUAUCGAACAGCCCGGCGCAGUCUCUCAGGGGUCGUCCGAAGGAGCUGGAGAAGAGUGAGCUGGCCGAGCAGGAGCUGUGGCGCAACACGAACCCCGACGAAGUGGUCAUCGAGGAGGCGUACAGGGGUCCGCACCUGCGGCUCCCGCUCACCACCAAUCAGGUGGACGCGCUCAUACAGGGCUUCAAGGACCGCAGGACGCUGCACGCCCGGUACGUGCUGCUGGUACUGCACGAGGCGCGUCGCUACCUGCAGACCAAGCCGAACGUGAGCGCCGCCUCGACGGCGUUCGCCAAGCAGAUCACCGUGGUGGGCGACCUGCACGGGAAGCUCGACGACCUGCUCACCGUCUUCUACAAGAACGGCCUGCCCUCGAGAGAUAACCCGUACGUGUUCAAUGGGGACUUCGUCGACCGAGGCAUGCACUCGGUUGAAGUGCUCAUGCUGCUGCUCGUCUGCAUGCUCGUAUGGAGGGACGCCGUCUUUCUCAACAGGGGAAACCACGAGGACUUCAACGUCAACCUCAGGUAUGGAUUUCUCAAGGAAAUCAUGUUCAAGUACACACGGCAAGCCUCCAAGAUCGUGCAGCUCACCGAGGACCUGUACAGCUGGCUUCCCGUGGCGACACUCAUCGACAAUCGCGUAUUCGUCGUUCACGGGGGCGUCUCCUCCGUCACUGACCUGAAGAUUGUAUCAGCCAUCAACCGGCACCAGUUCGUGACGGUGCUGCAACCACCGCUUCACCACGGUAGUUACAACGCCAACGAAUGGAGGCAGCUGGUGGACCUACUGUGGAGCGACCCGCGACCCCAGCCCGGUUGCCGCCCAAACGAGAUGCGUGGCGGCGGCAGCUUCUUCGGGCCGGACGUGACGCAGGCGUUUCUACGGAAACACAAGCUCGACUGGAUUAUCCGCUCACACGAGUGCAAGCCCGACGGAUUCGAGUACACGCACAACGGAAAGGUGCUGACCAUAUUCUCGGCGUCCAACUACUACGACAUUGGCAGCAACCGUGGGGCGUACGUCAAGCUGGUCGGCCCCAAGCUGGUUCCUCACACCGUCAUGUACGUCAGCACGGCGCAGACGAGGAAGGCAACCAUCCAGCAGAGGAGCGGUUACAUUGAGCACAGCGCCCUCAGGGAGCUCAAGCAGCACAUCUAUGCCUGCCAGACGCCGCUACGGGCCGAGUUCCAAAAGCACGAUCCAGAGGGAAAAGGUCAGGUGAGCCUGUCGGACUGGUGCACGGUGAUGGAGAACGUGGUGGGCCUACAUGUCACAUGGCGCAUACUGUGUCCCAAGAUCGCUCAGUGCGACCCCGUCACCGGAGGCGUCCUCUACGAGUCCACCUUCGACGAGUACGCGCUCACCAACAAACUCACUCAGAAUGGUCCUACCUUUCUCGAGUCACUGUACAGAAACAAAGACAGCUUGGAAACAAUAUUCAGGAUUAUGGACAAAGAUGGCUCUGGGCUUAUCUCGAUGGAGGAGUUCAAGGACGCUUGCGACCUCCUGGGCCAGCACGCCAACACGCCGAUGUCCGAAGAGCAGGUAGAGGAGCUCGCGAGAAGCAUCGACAUCAACAAGGACGGAUUCAUCGACUUCAACGAGUUCCUCGAGGCAUUCCGACUCGUAGACAAGAGACCGCUCACGCCGCCGCUGGCCUCCAAGGAGAGCAACGGCACGCCAUGCAACGGCGUGGCGAACGCUACCGCUCCCGUGGCCACCAUCGAAGAGGACGUCGAGGAAGACGAGGACGAACAGGAGUCCUACUGCACCAAGCUCUGAGGCGACAGCGUGCAGUGACGUACUCGGGCGGUGCACGGGACUGUCUUUCCUUUCGCCAAGGCACUACGGGACUCCUCGUGACGCAGUGUCCGUCCCUCUAGGCUGCUAAAAACCUUGGGACGAACGCUGCACUGAUGUCGCUGAAAGAACGCGACUGUUAAGUGCUACAGUGUGAUGUUCGGAACACAUGCGUUGCGACCCACGUUCUCAUUUCCGGAGACGCCGCUGUCUCGGGAGCGAAGCAAUGCUGAUAGACGGAGCUGGUGCCGGAGUCGAGAUUGAAUAAGACGGCCAGAAAAUUGCGACUUGCAGGACGAGAUUGCCACCUGCUAAAUUGAGCUUAGGAAUGCCGACGUCAUACACGUACAAAGAAGAAGAGUGGAAAGAUUAUUUUAUUUCGUUCAGGUAUAUGAGGAGGUAUUUACAUACUCUAAGUCUAAAAGCAGGUCGUGAAGUACCCUGUUUAGCUGAAUAGACGAGAAAAUUAAAAACAAAAGAAAACAAAAACAUUCCUACCCAAUGUUUGAAGUUAUAUGCUUCGAAAACAUCAGUCGCAUAGACUAGCGCAAUUAUUCAGCCAGUAAGUAGCCUACAGAGCCGGUAAACGGUGUUGUAAAGCAGUUUGUAGCACGAAGGAAAGGCGCAACAGAAGCAGCAACGUCAAGACGGAUUCACAGCUAGGUGCAUCUAGCUUGGCGAUGAAGUGAUUUCACCGGUAUUAAGUGAUGUGAAUGUGAAGUCGUGACAUACAUUCAUGCGAGGGAAUGCGCUGUUACCUACAUAAGCUCCGAAAUAGGAAUGCACGUACAUAAGCUCAAUCUGCGAAUCGGUUCCUGAAUCACCUCGUAACAUGUGAGACAAACAGGCUUUUAUGAUCAUCGCUAAAACGUGGCUGAAAAGUUUCUCACGUUGUUUGCUAAACGAGCUUUCACGACAUUGUUAUGGCGUUCAACGUGCUGCAGGUCACGAAAAAAAAAAUUGCUUCAGCAUUCCAUGAGUGUUGCCAUAGUGGGAGUGACGGGGUCGAGAAAAAAUUCGAAUUCUCACCGUUACGGUAAUCUAUGAUCUUGUAAUUAGCUCGAAGUAUCUCACUUUCUCAACGUCACUGCGGGGAUGGAGAGGAGGUGAACUACUGUUGAGGAUGCGGAAAUAUUACAAGCUAUUUUUCAUGGCAGGAAAGUUUGCUUUGAAAUUCGACUUCACAGCAAUACGGUUCACACUGCCGUAAAGCCACACCUCAAAGCACAAGUGUCAUUGCCGUGAAACCACACUUCAAGGAGAAAUGCCCGUCUAAGUAGCAUCCCAGUCUUACUGCUGUUUUUUUUUUUUUUUUUUGCUUCACUGGGAGCAUAAAUAUACGCUGCUGCUUCUGAAAGGUUUACAAGCUUGCUUCACUAUGACUUGGUAACUUAUGGGUAUGGAUUUCUAUGGCAAAAGCCAACACGUGUUUCAGGUGCUCAGCAGCAGCCCAUCGUACCUUUCAUCCUAUAGACCUUGUCACAGGAGAGAAAAAACGCCCUCAUGCUGGGCUACGCGCGAGAUUACAAAGGCUGAUGUCAUAGACCUUGUCACAGAAGAGAAAAAAACGCCGUCAUGCUGGGCUACGCGCGGGAACACAAAGGCUGAUGUCCCAGCCUUGGCAAUGAAUUUUGUGGGGGGCCAGACCUGUUUAACACAGCCCAAGGCGGAUUAUGGCGGCGCCCAGAGAACCGUCUGUGAAAGGUCUAUACAAACAGCUUUUAGUCACCCUUGAAGCAACAUACAUACAUAGCAACAUGCUCUGGUAACACGACGUCACCCAGGCUGCUGAUCUGAUUGGCUGUGGACUGCGCGAAAGUAAGAUUGGCUGGUCGGGUGGCAGCACCUGUCGGAGCAGAUAUCAACCAUUCCGCGAUCUUCGUCUUUUUUGCCAGACGACAUGUAUGCUGCCGGACUUACUGGGUGAUGGCCUCUGAGAUUGCGCGCAACCUGUCAGCGUGCAAUCUCUGAGGUCUAGACUGGGUAAAGCACGAGUGUGCUCAUGAGAGCACUGUGAUGCCAGUCUGUCUCGUCAGUUGAGGAAGUACGGCAGGGGUGAGAAGGUGUAUAUGACAUAAUUAUCCAUAGCUUCCUCGGUACACGGCAUGUCGCUAAAUUUGUGAUGCAAAUGGUUUAAUGAUGCUCUAGCCUAAAUGCUGAAAAUACUUCAAAAAACAAUUUCAGGGUCUCUUUAAAGCGGUAACUGGAGCCACAUGCAAAAACACUCUUAGACUUUUGUUCUGGUAAAGAUAUAGACACAAUUAUUCUGGUUUGCCCACGCUUAGGACAAGCACCUGUUUGGUGUAACAAGUCUCGGUGGCUGAAUACGUUACUCUUCAAGUGGCCUUGGAACUUCUGGCAGACUAUGCACUGAAUACGUAUAACAUACUUUGUGAGCUCAACAACACAUGUAGUGGAGUAGGAAUGGCGCUUAAUGUUUGGACUAGCCCUGAGCUACAUUAAUGCAAACUACAACUAUUGGCAUAUCUGUGAACACUGAACUGUCUUGAUGAACUCAUCUCUAAAAUGCAUACAUGAUAAGCUUGACUGCUAGCGGACAUCGCUAUAUCCAAUACGCACAAAUCAAAAUAGUCCCCUAUUUGGAGAACUCAUCCUUUCUCUUUGUAUGUUUUCAAUACAGUAUCAAGCAGCAACAGAUGUUUAUUUUCUUACAUCUCUUCAACAUCAGAAUUUCACAUUUACAAUAUCUUCAAGAGCCACCAGCUGCAAAAAGUCAACAUUCGUUUUUUUCUCUUUAGUAUUUUUUAUGUAUGCCACACACACACCCAUCGAAUAGUGCCCACGAGGACAGAGUAUUAGAGAGGUUUCAAGGUUUGAAACCGCUAUGAGUUUUGUUAUCGUGAGUACAUAAGGAUUAUGCAGAAUAUAACGAGCAUGUGCCUACACACAGGGUCAUAUAGGAGUCAUUCAAUAUGAUGAGUUGCUUCAUGGUGCCUGCGCUAGACAUACAGAUACUACAUGUUUCAUAACAGUGCCCCAUGUAAGACACAUUUAGGGGUACUUCUAAGUGAUGCAGAGAAACACUUGUCUAUUGUCGGGUCUUUCUGGCACUCAUCCAAUCAUAGUGCAAGCUCUAUUCAACAUAAGCGUGCUAGCCUAUGCAGUGUCGUGCCAUGCACACUCGUUCAAUUCAAACGAGCUGUUACCACCCCUUAGAAAUCCACUCAAUGAGGUGUUGAUGGCAUGUCAAAAUACCGAGACACAAAACAAAGCAAGUAUCUGCACACUUGCAAGGCUAAUGCUAAUGAGUUAAGCCUUUCACACUCUCUCAUGAGCAAUGUGAGCAUUAUUAACAUCACUAUCUUAUGACGCUACUCCGCUUCUCUUACCAUAACUCAGCCAAGUAUGUUUCACCGGACUCUAUUCUCACACUUGUGCCACUUAUCUCCUGUAUUCGCAUCGUACCAGAAAAACCCGUGAAAGUCAUCCUAUGAACCUGUUCAUGUCGUAUACCAAUGCAGUUCAAGUGCCCCACAUCAAUUGCCAAAGCACACUUAAUACCGUUCUUAUAAUUUCGCGCUAAUUAUUGCUGAGACCUUGCACAUUCUUCACUUAUGUACAGCUGUGCUCCUCUUCGUGUGAUUUCAUGCACACUUGUGUGCUGCAUUCUGUAUGAUAACCGUGGCCUGUGCUUGCUGUGCCCAAGUGUAUGUCUUUGUGUGCGUGCACACAUAUAUAGUCCCUGCACUUCUACCAUGUUCUAUGAUUUCACCAGCUGGUUUGAAACGGUGGUCCAGAGACUGAAAUAGAAGGUGAUGUCGUAUAGAACCUCUUAUGUCGCCUUAGGGUCCAACUCGCUGCCGAGCUCUACUUGAAACUCCCGUCUGCACAUUGCGCAGCCCUUUCUUUUUUAUCAUACGAAGAUGAAAAAACACAAACCACUGGAUGGUUCCAUAACUCAUUACCAUGCGUGCUGAGAAAGCAACCUUUUAUAACAAUGAAGUAAGGUGAGUAAAUGUCUACCUACAGCUGAGUGGAUGAGUAGUGACUAUUUGGCAAAGAAAAAUACAGUCAAUCUCGUUACAAAUGUAUCUGUGUAGAAUGGUACUAUAUUAUCAAGGUAAACUGUCAUCUAGCCUAGCUAAAUAAUUGAAAAAAUAUCUUUAAUAUAGGAUAUCUGGCCUCUUAUAAAAGGAACAUCCACUGGUUUCGCACUGAUGCAUGCGCAUUGAUUUUGACAUUCAUGCACGCGCUUAAGACGACCUGAUAAACACAACUUAUCUCCUGAGCAGAGCAGCCCAUACAGCAUUUGAGACUUAGUGGUUUGCUGUUUGUAGACAUUACAUGCAUAAAAUCACAAUACCUUAUCUUAUUUAUAGAUAUAAAUGGAGUGCUUUUUUUUACAGAGAGAUAAAUGUGUGCACAUUAAUGUACAGAUUACGUGUUCGUGCACUUACUGCCGUUGGCUCAAUAUAACGACUUCCUAGACUCAAUAAACAAUUAUAUCAUGCAAGUUGAUAUUAAUUUAUCUUCUUGUGUAAAAUUUGUGCCCUGCCUACCAAGAUGGAUGUCUGGACUCCGACUCAAAAGUCUUGAGGACAAACCAAUAAUGUCAAAUUAUUGCCAAUGGAAAUGGCACUUGUUGCAAUUUCUGCUGCUGGAACCGUUGUAUACAGAACUUCCAGUUUCUUUUAAAUAUUGCUUCUUAAAGAACCUGUACAGGAAGUAGCGACUCACACACAAAUAUAUAGUUAGCUUUAGCUGGUCUCCAAUAGAUCUCUAAUGAUGACAAAACUGACAUGUCAAGCUAAUAAAACACAAUUAGCUAUAGCAAUCAGGAGAUAAAUGCUGCCUGCACCCUUUUUCGAGUAAGCAACAGCAUAAAUACAAGUAUUUCACAAUGAAACAGCCUUAAAUUUCUAGUUGGCAUUGCUUCUCUUUUCCUAUUUCAGUGUAUGCUUCUAGCAUAUGCUAUGACAUGAAAUAGGAGUUGUCGCUUGGUGAAAAAAAAAAUAACGUGACAUGCCCAUUCGAUUGUUUGUUGCUUGUGAACCCUGUUCUUCCAGUGCAGAAGCUCGAUUCUUGAAUCACAAAUUCACGUCUUCAUUUUCGAGCACAGCCCUUUUGGCAUUUCACAACAGAAGAUAUAAGCUGCAACAUUAACGAACUGCACAAAAAAAUUCAUUUCUCAAAUGAAGCCUGUCAGGGCUGCUGCUGCUCCUGCGUGAAUCUCAUGCUCAUGUGACCACAUCCUUCCCUGACGUUCGAUAGUACUAGGCUUCAUUAUACUCUUUCAUAAUGUAGCAUAAUGUAGCUUCUUUAGAUGUUGCCUUGUUUUGUAUCAUUGCAAUCACACAGAUGUACUUGCAUGUCUUUGACAGUGUGCAUCACACCGUAUAUAUUAUUGUGCUGUUACGUUGUACUAUUGUUCCUCGUUCAACAUGCGCUACCUCUGUAGCUGCACCAUCUAAUGCUACCAAUGCAACAAACUCGGUACUCCUAAGUGGGACGCCUAUUCCUUUUUGACUGUUUCCGAGAUUUGUGCUGUUAUAUCUUGUAUAUGAUAUGAAAGUAAUAUAUAUACAUAACUUGCCUGUUCGCUUACCAGCAGUUAGAGUAUUUAGCUCCCCGAAACAUAGAUUCUGUAGAGUGCGCCAAGUUAAACAGCCAGAUGUUUUCUUCACGAACGACUGUGUGCCAAGAUGUAUGAAUUGUUUGGGCUUCAUGACAUGGCUAGUUCUUUGAAGACACACCAACAAAAUGAGGCUGCAUCCUUUUGCCUUUAUACUACAUGAAUGUUUGCACUGCAGUCAAGUUUAAAAAAAUCUACUUGUAGAAAAUUUAAACAUUGUAUAAUUGCUGAACUGUGCUAUAUGAAUUCUCACCUUAUUACCAUCACUUUGAAUGAGCACUCUGAGCUAAAGUUUUACUGGUCACAGUUGCAUGUGCUAGCUAAGUCUAUUUGUAUAUGCACAUACAUACUAUUCGCAACUCUUUUACAAUACAGUUUUAAAGAAUAAGUAUGUAGCUUUUUUAUGCAUUGGUUAGAACAAGCGAUUGUUUUGCUCUUGCUAUUCUACAUGUCUAUUAAUAUGAGAAUUGAAGUGCAUGACAAUGGACGAUUAACAUGUAUGCAUUGCAUUUCGUCCUGUCAUCUUGUUUCCUCACCUCCUAUAGCAGGUUCUCUAAUAUUGACUGAUACCAACUUGUAAAGUAACCGAAUAUAAUGUUAAUGUUGAAAUUUGACAAAGGUUCUUGGUUCUGACAGUGAUGUGCUUUAAUUAGGAGUAUUCACUGGCACGCAUUUUAGCCUUAAACUGGACUGACACCUAUGUACACAUCAUGAAUCACAACAUUGCAUGUAGGUGUUAUAUAGCCUAAACGUCAGUUGAAGAUGCCCUUGAGCCUUAAAAGCCGAUUCCAUAUAAUCAGAGAGCGCAGUAUCAAAAGUAUGCAGGUCACUGGCAACUCACUGAGAGCACAAAAAUUGAGUAAAUUCAGUAUUUUCAGUUAGGACACUACGUGCACUUGUGGACUCACACCAUUUUAUGUAGGACGUCUAAACUAUGCACAGACAGCAGUAAACACAUAGCAAUGCUAGUUUGACCUUACAACAGUUGUAGACAGUGUGCCAACAGUCUUAUUAUGCUCGCAUAAAAGUGGCUAUGCUCCAGGAAUGCUGCUAAGUUUAUUCUCCUCCCUCUCUUUUGUAUUACUGUAUGGUGACCAUGAAGAAGUAGUUCCCAGCAAUGCUUAUUACACCUCAGGAAAGCUCCACUCCACUCUCUGCUGGUUGUUUCACCCAGGACGAGAGUGACCAGCACACUUUUGACGAAGACAGUACAGCACUUAGAGCGUGUUGAAUCAAAUAAGACAAUAGCCAGAAUCGAAAAUAGCAAGGUUACCCAGACGAGUGGAGUGAUACUUCACAUCGAAAGUCCCUGUGCCGGAUCGCCAAUACCAAAGGGUGAAAAGUGAAAGUGGGCUAGUGCAUCCUCGUUAGUUCAGUUCAUUCAUUGCUCUCACUGAGUUGGUCGUGGCCACAGUUAUCACAUCAAAUGGCAAGAAUGCAUGCAGGUUAUGAAUUGUACUGUACCUAACGCGAGUCCCGCUCGCCAAAUCAGUUCAGGGCACGUGCUGUGUUUUGGUCAUACCCGCGUGCACCUUUCUGUGGGACGACUAUCUUGUACACACUGUAAAGUGUCCCAGUAUUCACCAAGCUAAAGGCCCCUCAAAUAUUUUCUUUUAUGCUAGAAUGCCUUCUGGGUCUCUUGUGUAAAAAAAUACUAUUGUAGCCUUCCAAAAUUGCUUGAAUAACAUGCUACACAAUGUCAGGACAAAGGAAAUCAGUGAUAUUUACUAGUUUAAUGCACCUUCUCAAUAAAAUGGUUCUUCUUUAUAUUGAAUACCGCACUUAUCACACGUCUAAGGCCUCCGCUAGACAUUUUCUGCUUUUAUGUGUACACAUUAUUGCCCUUGCUUUCAGUUUGCGAGUUGCUAGUAGCAGACCAGAUAACUCAAAUGCGUCUGUAUUGUCUGGUUUCUUUCUCUGUUUUGUUUUUGCAUGCCUUGCUUUUUUUCAUGACGAAUGCUUACCAAUUAGCUCGACCUGCUGCCAUUAUAAUCCUUUCUACUUAGCGUGUUGCUAUUAGUGAAAAUUAAAUAGUAAAAACCAGUAGCCUACAUCAAACUUUUUUGCAUCAGGAACAAAAAAAUGUCGUAGAGAAUCUUUGCCAUCAACUUGCUACAAAGUUAAGUGCAUAGCACUACUUUUCCAUUUUUUUUAGCUAAUACAAAGCAGUUUUUUAGAAUUAUGACAAGAUGCUUAAAGAAGUAGGAAUACAAAAAUUUUCAUUUUUUUUUUGCAGCAUAAGAUUGCUGAGGGCCAGUUAGUCAUAACACAACACAUUGUUUGCUGUAGUGCAUGACAGAUAAUUAUUUGCAGGCUCCUCAAUACCGCCAGUGUGAGUUUCAGUUUGAGAAAGCUCCAAAAACAACAAGCCGCCAGGCGCAACUAUCACCACCUAGCGUGUACAACAAUCAACCACGUCAACACACAGAACUGCGAAACACUUCCACACAGUCUAGAUCAAGAAGUCGUCUUGAAUAGGAGCGGAAAAGCAGUGUCGCCAAACACAAAAAUUUCAUGCGUGCACUGCAGCCACAAACUUUUGAGUAGGUGCCAUAAAGUAAUGUACGGGCGCAAAUGCAGUAAAAGAAUAAUGGCGACUAUGACGUCAUUAUAACUUGUACAGGCUGCAACGUGACAAGAAGAAAGGGGGCUCGCCUUUGUGUCCCUUUUGAGGGUGCCAGUGCCCUGAGGUGCGGCGUACAGUGCUCGUUCAUGCACGCAGUCUUCAAAAUACAUAAAAAAUACCUUUUAUGCCAUAUUUGUUGAUAUUUUGCAGAUAAUACCUGCAUGUUCACAGGAAUUGAUCCCUAAAGCUACCUUGCUCACGAAAUUUUGUGGCCAUACCCCUUUAAAUGAAACUACCCUUUGGUGCUCUUGAGAGGGCUUCCAAAAUCUUAAACAUAUAUAGUAACUCUAGUCCAGAGCUGUCGAAUCAUGAAGCUUAAGCCAAUGCAUGCCAUCAUAAUGCUAUUUCUUUCACACCUACCUGCUGAACUGCACGUCAGUCUUGCACAGCCAGCUGUUCUUUGCAAAAUCAAUUUCUGGACCAAUAGAAUGAAUCAUCAGCCACUCAGAUAAAUGUUUACAAAAGAAAGGAACAUGGUGCACAAGGAGGCCUAAACUGCUUGUUUUGAUAGAAACAUGGACAUGACACCCAGCACUUGGCCAUAACCUUUCUUAAAAAAAAGAAAGGCAAUUGUUUUUACAACUGCACAAUGUGCCAAAGGGGCACAUUGUUAGUAUGUAUGGAGAGCUGUGCAUGAAUACUGCUUUGAUGCUGUUUGUUUUUUGUUAACACAAGUUCGAGAACACUAGUUCAAGAUCUGAAGCACAUUAGCUGUGGCAAGUUCCACGCACACAGUAUUGCCAGAAGCAUGGAGAAGGUGCCGUGAUGAGAAACAAAUGUCUGUGACCCAAGUUCCCUGCUGUGUGUAUAUCACUGUGUACAUACGUUUCCUCACAUUAAGCCAGUAAAGUGAUACUGUGGUAUGCACUAUAUGCACCCACUCCAAGCACAAAGAUAAUAAACUUGUUAUUUAAGCAUAA